CAGGGCCUCCGAAAAUAGCAUUGUCAAUAACAUUAUUUCAGAAAAUAACAAUAAAUUACGCAUUUCGGCGGGUUCAGCCAUCUACCGUGAUAAUUUAUUGAUGUGCUUUGUUACCUUUAUAUAAUAAUGUUAGCGUUUUACCAGCCAUCUUCUCGCUUCCAGUCGUUCAGAAGAACUGGAAUCACUGGUUGUCUGCGUUGCUAGUUGCAGCUCAUUUGGCAGCGCUCACUUUUCAAUUUUCACUUCUCAAGCCUCCAAGACCUCAUCCAGCAUGGUUCGCGCUAUCCGCCCCCCUCGCCCUACCUACACGAACUCCCAAGUCUCGGGGUUUUACUUCCGCCCGUGUCGCGACGAGAACGACGAGGUGAUUCUCUAGUAUUUCCGUUGCCGUUGCGGCACGGUUCGGAAGCAAACCCAUAGGAACGGGUACUCCAACCUGAUGCAACAUAUCAGGCGGGAGCACCCUGACUACGAGACCGUCAUGCUCGACGCUACGACGGCGGAGACAGGCUCCCUCGUGAACUUCGUCCGCCACUCGGCGCUCAACCUCCACGGCUGGAUGGUUUGGAUUGUCAUGUGCAACCUGCCACUCUCUUUUUGUGAGAGCCGAGAAGCUCGGCGGUACGUGUAAGCAUAAGGUCAUUGUGUUUACAUUACUACGGAAACUAACAACUUUACUUUAUGGAUGUUAUUCAGCUACUCCAGCCUGGACCCCAUCUCGGAGGAAACGCUGCGGGCUGGCAUGGACGGGGUCGUCGUCGCCGUCGAGCGUUCGAUUGCGUCGGAGCUCCCAGCACGCUUCGGCAUCAUGCUCGACGGCUGGACACACGCAUCUGAGCACUACAUCGCCGUGUUCGCGUGCUAUGAGGUGAACGGCUGUCCCAAGACAGCGCUACUCAGCAUGGCCCCGCUGCUGGACGCGCUGGACGACGAUCUCUCCGCGCAGGGCCAUCUCGAGUUUCUAGCGACCAUGCUGCAGCGCGAUUACGGCGUACAGCUGGCGCAGUGUCGCUUCCUCGUAGCUGACAACUGCGCCGUAAACCGGCGGCUGGCAACUCUUAUGAGUGUGCCGCUUGUUGGUUGCGCAAGCCACCGCCUGAACCUUGCUGUUCAGGCGGACAUGGCGUCGCAUGAGGACGACCUGGCUGCUGUGCAGGCGCUCAUGGUAAAAUUGCGUACUCUCACCCAAUCUGCCAAACUACGGUUGAAAACGCCACUUCGGCCUGUCAUUCGCCAGGACACGCGCUGGAGCUCUACGUUCGAGAUGGUACGGCGCUACCUCCAGCUCCUCGAGUUUCUUGACGCCGAAGACGACGACCUCAUGGACCUGCUGCCGCCGCCGGCGAUGAACAAGCGACUGCGGGCAUUGUACCAGGAGCUGUGCGACAUCGAGUCGGUCUCGAAGGCCCUUCAAGGCCACGACGUCGACCUGCUGGACGUUCGCGAGUGGUUCGACGAGCUGAUCGCUGUCAAGCCACAAUAUGGGCGCUACAUUGGGCCUCGGGCCAACAUUGUGCACAACCCCGAUUUUGAGGCUGGGUGUGUACGCGUUCUCCGCGGGAAGGCGCAGCGGCUGACGCGUGCUGAAAAGGCCGCUUUGCAGCCCUUCGAAGCUGCCAGACCGGACGACGCGGCCGCGAGUGAAGAGGAGGAGUAUCCAGCCGCGUCGUUCGUGGAGCGUCUUCGGAAGCGCCGGCGGCUUGCACAGGACCGUGUCAAGUAUGAGCAGCUGCAGAGCAUCCCACCCACGUCGAACGUGGUGGAACGCUUCUUCAGCAUUGCUCGGGUGACGUUAGGUCAUCAACGACACGGCCUGCUGCCACGCACGCUUGAGACGAUUUUGUUUCUCCGCCAGAAUCGGUCGUACUGGGAUGCAACGACUGUGGACAAUUUGAGCUAGACGAUAAGCUAACUGGUGUCUUGUUAAUAGACUUCAUGCUUUUCAUAAUGACAUUAUUUAUUGUGGUACGUUGGGGGCAAUGCCAUAAUGUACUGUUGUAUUGGUAGGAGCGUCAGGGGAUAAUUUAUUCUGCAACACCCAACCUACUAAAUAAAAAUGCCAUAUUCGGAGGCCCUG